CAGUGGACCCAAGAACCUCCUGGAGCUUCUCAAGCCAGAGAAAAAGCUGAAAGCCCCUGUCCCUGCUCCUGGACAGCAGCCUAGCUCAGAAAGUGUCCUGGGAUUGAGCCCCCUGCACCAUGGCCCAGCAAGUAUUCCUGAAAGAUCUGAGGGCAGAGUUCAGCUGCCACGUGUGCCUGGACUUGCUGACAGACCCAGUAACCCUAGACUGUGGGCAUCACUGCUGUGUCUCCUGCCUCCAGAAGCGCUGGCAGGACCGGCUGGACAUCCUCCCCUGUCCUGUCUGCCAGCACCACUGUGCCCACAGGAAGCUGCAGAAGAACAGCCAGCUGAGCACCCUGGUUGACAUGGUGAAGCAGCUGCCCAGCUCAGGGAGCAAGAGGAAGCAGCAGCAGCAGCAGGAGCAGCCCCUGUGUGAGCAGCACCAGCAGGUGCUCAGCCUGUUCUGUGAGCAGGAGCUGCAGCUGGUGUGUGUCCAGUGCAGGGUGUCCUGUGAGCAGCAGGGUCACCCUGUCACCCCCACUGAAGAGGCUGCUUUUCAUCACAGGAAGAAACUCAAAUCUCACCUGCAGACCCUGAGCAAGCAGCUAGAAGAUGCUCACAAGGGGUUAGAAAUGCAAAACAGAAGCUCAGUGGAGUGGAGAGGUAGCAAGAUGGCAGCAGCAACAGUGGAGUGCCAUAAGCUGAAGCUUGAGGAACUAAAGCAAGAAUGUCUUGCUCGUGGCCUGGAGACCAAGGGGAAAAAACAAGAUGUCAGCAACAGGCUUCUGGCAUAUCUUGAAGAACAUGGUGAAGAAGAGGCAAAUGAAGAAGAUGUACUGGGAGAUGAAACAGAGGACGAAGAACCAAAGCCCCUGGAUCUACCUGUCCAAGAAGAAGAAAAAUCCUCUGAAAAAACCGUAGACAUGACAGCAGAGAAGAAAGUGAUUAAACUUACAUCUGAAAUGUCCCAGGCUGAGAGAAUGCAGAAGAGAGCUGAACGAUUCAAUGUACCCUUGAGUCUGGAGAGUAAAAAGGCUGCCUGGGGAGCUAGAUUUGGGAUUUCUUCAGUUUCAAAAAAAGGCCUAUCACAUGACACCAAGCCUAUGGUUAACCUUGAUAAACUGAGGCAAAGAGCUCAAAGAUUUGGUCUAAAUGUCUCCUCCUCCAUCUACAGAAUGUCUGAAGGUGAUGAGAAACUGCAAAAGAGGAAGGAGAGAUUUGGGAUUGUCCCAAAUUCUGCUGGAACAGGAACCACAGAAGACACAGAGGCGAAGAAGAGGAAAAGAGCAGAGCGUUUUGGGAUGGCCUGGUGAAAGACUCUUGAUACUUUCUGAUCUCUGGUGGUUUCCAGCUCUCUGAUUCUUCUUGGUUUUACAAAAGAACAUAUCUGUAUACAGACUCGUAAAUACACAGUCAUGUACCUAAGUCCUGCCGCUCAGUGAGGGGGCAUGUACCUCAGAACAUCCACAAAUCCAGCAGCAAUGUGACUCACUGCUGAAGCAAUUUGUUGUGUUGUUUUUAUUAUUAUUUUCUUAUUAACAAAAUUAAA